AAAACCCAGACGGCCAGACCCCUUCCCUCCCCCUAUAAAUACGUGGCUCGUGUAAAGCUAGGUUUGCCCAACUAAACAGCCACACGCGGCUUUUUAGAAAUUCAAAAAAAAAUUCUCAUACUUUCUUUCUCUCUCUUCUGCCAAAAAAAAAAAAAAAAACAAAUGGCGAAAUCUUCUAGAAAAUCGAGCGGUCCGGUUCUCCGAUCUCUCUCCCCUUCUGGCCGGUUCAGUUCUCACUACACGUCACAGUCCCCAUCAUCUUCUUCUUCGGCCUUCGCUUAUUCAAGUUCAAGCUUUUCUUCACGCUCCUCAACUUUCUUUAAUCAACACAGAUCUAUCUCUCCACCACGUGUCAAUCUCUACAACCACUCUCCAUCGGCGCCGUCCGUGCGAUUCUCGCUCGAUAACCGUCCGAUCUCGCCCAACCGUUCGAUUACUACCGUCCGUAGAAACAACAAGGUGUUGAAGAAUUUACAGAGUAAACAGCCGAAGCGGACUUGCAUGUGUUCCCCUACGACGCAUCCGGGAUCGUUCCGUUGCAGCCUUCAUAAGAGUUUUAAUAAUUCGCACGCGGUGACAAGUUGCGCGCCUAAUAAUCGGCUCAACGCGCGGAGGUCUGCUAUGACGAACUCGCUGGUGAGAAUCGGAGGAGUCGAAGGAGAUCUGGUUAAGAGAGCUUUGUCGGCUUUGAUUAGACCUUCCUCUCACCAGCAGCGUCGCCGCGCAGCGUUCCAGCCGAGGCCGAGUCGGCUCUCCGUGAUGUCAAAAGCCGAGGAUUAAUGAAGAUUCCUUUGCGGUGUGUGUAAUCUUUUAACGAUUUCUGGUUAAGUCUCCGAGAUUUUCCGGUGAUUGGAGAUCGAACUUUGGAGUCAAGCCGCGGAAGGUGGCGGUGAAGUCAGAUUGCGGCGAAGAAGUUGGAAAUCUGAACGAAGGAUUCGGGCCGGAAAUGAAUUUUAGUGUACUCCGGGUGACCGAAACCGUAAAAUCCGAGGAACAUAUUAUCAUAUAUUUUGUUGGUGUAAAUACACAUAUUUGCAGCCAAUGGCAAAUUUGAGGAGCUUUUGGACAAAAA